UCAGAACUGAUGAUCAUUACAUUAUCUGUAGCACUAGCUGACGGAUUCAGGCAUAAAUUCUUCUCAGACACCUUAGAUUCUGAGCCUUCAAUAUCAAUUCUAUACGCCAGAGACAAGACCAGCGAUAAAGCCACAAACGAAUGUCUAAGAGAAAUGUACCCGAGAAACCUCUACAAAUACCCACUGAGGAUCGAAAGGAAUGAUAUACCCUGUAUAUUACACUGUGUAUUAAAGAAGUUCGGCAUCAUGAGCAACGAUGGAUAUAUCAACUUGAAGAAUUACUACCGACGGGUGCAGGCUAUCCAUAAAUAUGAUCCGAGGAUUUUGAUAUCGGACGUGGGAGAUACGUGCGCGCAAAAUAUAAAUGCUAUGAAUUUGGAUCACGAUAUUUGUAAGAAAGCGAAAGUUUUCAACGAUUGUACACAGCUGUAUGCUAUUUCCUUUAGGGAGCCUGAACUGUUUUAA